UCAGGAGCUGUUAUGUCUAAGUCUAAGAUGCAGCAUUUUAUGCAAAGAUUCUUCCACAUGCUCUCCUACGAGGUGGCCAUACUUCACUCAGAUAGUGUAAUAUUGUUUUGACUUGGAAUUGCGAGACCUAAGAGAGUUAAUAUUCUCUGUAGCUGUGAAAGAUGAUCUGGUGCCUCUGUUUCCAGUAUCCUGUAAUGUGAGAGUGCUGCAGAUAUGGCAUCUGAGUUCUGCCUUAGUCUGACCAAAUACUUCCUGUUCGUCUUCAACCUGGUCUUUUUUCUUUUAGGCUCAGCCCUGCUGUCUCUGGGAUUAUGGAUCAUGUUUUCUGAGACAGGUAUUCCCAUCCCUGGUCUGGACUUCAUUCCCCUGUCUCUGCUGUCCUAUCUUCUGAUCAUCAGUGGAGCUGUCACUAUAUUACUGGGCUUCUUUGGUUGCCUUGGUGCUCUGAAGGAGGUCAAAUGCAUGCUGGCCAUUUAUUUCAUCCUGCUCACUGUGCUUCUUGCGGCUCAAACUGUGGGAGGAGUUCUGCUCAUUACUCAGAAGAGCACAUUUCAGAAUUCUUUAGAUGACCACAUGACCAACAUUAUUAAGGAGUUUGGGAAGAAUGACUCAAGUCUGGAAGAUAUAAAGCACACUCUAGAGAUCCUUCAGCAUGAGGCUCAGUGCUGUGGCUGGACUGGGUCAGAAGACUGGAAUCCUGUCCCCUGUUCCUGUUUCUAUCUUGUCAAUGUCACAGCUAAUGCUACCAAUCAUAACUUUCUCUCUAAGACCUGCCCCUGUGAUUCCUCAUCAAAUCUCACAUGUCGAAAGCAUGAACAGGCGUGCAAAGGCGUUGUUGAUCAGUGGCUGAACACACACAUUCUGACCAUUCUCAUAGUGGUGUUUGCGCUAGCUCUGGUGGAGUGUCUCCAGUGGGUGUGUCUGGUCAUAUUCUGUUGCCUUAGUUGCUCCUGUCGAUGUUGUCCUGUAAGAAAGAGCCGUGGCAGCCAUGUUCAGCUCUCCAGGUCUCUGUGUGAAUUUGAUGUGCAGUGGUGCUGUGUUGUGUGGCGCACAAUGCUUAACUCUAAACCAAAUUGUAGCAUAAAUUAUGAAAAGAUAACAUUGCUGAAUACAGGAAAUCUCUAAUCCUAAAAUAUCCUAAAAUGACUUCAUGCAUAUUCGUUAAAAGCAUAUUCUUUAGUAAAGACAUGCGUUUUUUUAAUUGUACACUGAUAUGACACAAAAAUGUGAAUGUGAUUUCUGCCAGAGUUGCUUUUCUGUUCACCUGGUCAAUUCUAGCCAGAUGCCACCAGUCACGAUCAUUAUCACACACUGCACCAAGCACUGUGGAUGAUAAUGCCUUCUAUAAUGUAUUCCCGGCACACACGUGACACUGUGGAUCGAGAAACACUAAUAAAUGCCUGCACACCUGGAAAAAGAAUGUUUCAGCCAUGGCAACAUUUUAAGGACGUCCAGGAAACUUGAAUGAUUAAACAUUCUAAAAAAAACAAACGCCAUAAUGUUGAGAACAUUCGCUCUUAAGCUUGGGUGGUUUUAACAGUAGAAGUUCUUUAUAAAAAUACAGCUUUUUUAUUACAUACAUUUGGGUGCCUUUACUAAACACUCAUUAUAUCUCUCAC